CAGAGAGAGGGAGAGGUUCUCAAAACUCAAUGAUUCAAAUUCUCUCAUUCUUAAUCAAGAGCGAGGAAGACCCCCCUCCUCUGUGAAAGUUAGUUUCUACAAGCACCAGCACCCUGCUCAGUCUCUGUGUUUGUGAGAGAGAGAGAAGAAGAAGAAGAAAAGUAAAGGUAAAGCUAACAUCAAACACACAAACAAGGGUUGAAAUUUGAAGAGAGGUCUUCAAAGUUGUUGUUCCUUUCCCCGUUGAAGAGAGAUCAAUACCAUCGUGGUGUCGCAUCAUUUUUCGGGAGGAGGCGAAAGGGAGAUGAAUAGAGGGGUCUUGAGCUCACCGGUCAUGGCGGGAGGAAACCCUAGCAGCUGGCCAUGGAACAUUAAUGGGAUGCGCCCGCUUGCCGCUCCUCAGUCGUCGCCUUUCAUGGCGACCGCUAAUUCGUAUCUCUUCUCGGGACAUCAUCAGUACUUGGUGCCCGCUUCUUCGCUUCCUUUCCAACCUGCAUGGCACGAUAGCCAAGAGUUCCCAGAAUCCCUGAGCCAACUGAUGAUCAUGGGUGGAUUGGUCGGCGAAGAAGCAGAUAAGAGUGCCAUGAGCAACAGUUUCCAACCUAGUAAGCUGAGGUUGGAGAAUUGGGAGGAACAAGUAUUACUACACAACUCUCCGAAUUCUCACACUUCUAUAGAUGUGAAGCAAGAAGACUCAGCCAGCAGCUAUGUCUAUGGCCAUGCGAAUAGCAGUGAUAACUAUCCAGGGAGCACCACGAAAUCCUCUAACUGGGCUCCAUCAGUUGUCUCCGCCUCCUCACCCAAAUCAUGCGUCACGAGUCUGAGCACAGGCGUUCUGGACUUCUCAAGCAAAAAGACGGACGGGAGGCACCCACCUCCCGACCGCUCUUCUGAGUGUAACAGCAAUGUCACUGGUGGGGCUGCAAAGAAAGCUAAAGUUCAGCCUUCUUCAUCCCAAUCUACCUUCAAGGUGAGGAAGGAGAAACUCGGAGACAGAAUCUCAGCCCUACACCAGCUAGUUUCACCCUUUGGCAAGACUGACACAGCUUCAGUGUUGUUAGAGGCCAUCGGCUACAUCAGAUUCCUUCAGAAUCAAAUUGAGGCCCUUAGUCUUCCAUACUUGGGAAAUGCAUCGGGAAGCAUGAGGCACCCUCAGUCUGUCCGGGGAGAGAGAAACUGUAUUUUUCCCGAAGAUCCUGGUCAGUUGUUGAAUGGGAACUGCAUGAAGAGGAAAUUAGAAGCGCCCGAGCAGGAUGCCCAGGAAGAACCGAAAAUGGAUCUUAGGAGCCGAGGGCUGUGCCUUGUCCCAGUCUCGUGCACGUUGCAAGUUGGAAGCGACAAUGGGGCAGAUUAUUGGGCUUCUGCAUUCAGUGGGGGAUUCCGGUAAGUCAAAUUUCCGGAAGGCACAAGAAAAUGGGGACUAAAACAAGAAGGGGCACUAAGGGGGACUUCACAAAAGAUUGAUAUAACAUCAUGAGCCGUCACUCUGCUACAAAAAUUUCUGAAAGGCUGAUUGCUCAUGAUGCCAUAUAUCAUGGUUUUUGAAGUUGAAUUUGUGCUGUAUCUCUUAUCUAGGGUAUGAAAAUGUUGAACAAUCUCUAAUUAAGUUUCGAAUAUAUGUCUCCCUGCUAACCCCUCUCACCAUUUAUUUCUCUA